UUUCCUGAAACGGGAAUCUUUUGUUUUACACAACGCCAAAGGUAUAUAAAAUCAGAGAACUGAGAAGCACAAAGAUGAAGAAGUUUGCCAUCCUCAUUCUAGCAUUCAGCUGCUGCUGCUGCCUUGGUGAACCUGAAAUCACUGAAAACAAUGACAAACUUCAAAAUCGCUCAGGAUCAAACAAUGGCUGCAACAUCUGCUGCCUCACCUCCAUAACUCAAAAUCUGGGGACAGUGGAAGAGAAAGUCUCAAACAUGGCAGAGAAAAUAAGACUUCUGGAGGUCAAGCAGCAAAACACUGAAAAGGAAGUCUUGGAGUUACAGAAACUUACUGGAGCUCCUCUGGUAGCCUUUUCUGCUGCUCUCAGUGAUUCCAGCCCUGGAAACACAGGACCUUUCACCACUGCUACCCCUCUGCAGUAUAAGAAGGUUUUCGCCAACGCUGGCAGUAGCUACAACCCUUCAACAGGCAUUUUUACAGCAAUGGUCAAAGGAAUGUACUUUUUUCGUUUCUCAAUGUUCAACAACCUCCAAUCCGUUCCCAACUCUGUUGUGAGCCUCAUGAAGAACAGUCAGAGAUUAGUAUCAGUCUGGGAUACCUCAGGGUCCGACUCCAAUGACAUGGGCAGCAAUGCUGUGGUCAUACCUCUGGAGGUCGGAGACAAUGUGUAUGUGGAGCUCCAGGCAAACAGGGUUGUUUAUGACGAUGGCAUGACCUACAACACCUUCAGUGGUUUUCUGCUCUUCGCCAUGUAACUCAAACACUGUGAUUGCAGGGUACAUGGCUUUUUAUGUUUUCUUUAUUCACUCAGCUAAAUGGUAGCUUGAAAAGUGGAAUCUUUGACAUUGUAAUAUUGUCCCACAAACAGCUUUAUAAAAAGAUCACUGAAAAUACAGAAUAACUUAUUAUGGAAAUGUAACAAAAUAAGAUACGCAAUUAUAGAUAUGAUAAAAGUAGACACCUAAAAGUAGAAAAAUCUUCUGUAUUAUGUUUUUUUCUACAAAUGCCUAGGUCAUCCUUGUGCAUGCCUGUUCUUUGAAAGUUGUCACAACAAACACUAGACUAAGGAUACAGUUUUGUCCUGGAUUGUUGCUUCAUACUCCUGUUCAGUGUAACCCAUGAAUAAACAUUCUAAACUCGAGUUGUGAGUUGAGCUGAUGACGAAGAAACUAAAGAAUCAAUGUAAUCAAUGGCUAUCUUUGUUAUCUGUGAAAGAAUGUAAUAAAUUCAGCUAUAAUAAAUCAAAAUACCAACAGAA